AAGAUGAAUCAUGUUUUGAUUAUAUGCUUAUUAUGAAGGAAUUGGGAAAGCGAGGGAAAAUGCCGGAUUAUGUGGCCAUCAAAUAUAUACUACAAGGUAUUCCAGACUUAGAAAUUAAUAAAAUUAUGCUCUAUGGAGUUACAACAUACGCUGAACUAAAGGAGAAGCUAAAGUUAUACGAAACAUUUAAGAAAAAUUCAGCUAAAGAUAAUAUAAGAAAUAAUACGUUUACAAGUCAUUCACAAAAUAAUCCUAGAAGAAAUACGGCGGCUACAGAUUUGAGAUGUUUUAGCUGUGGAGAGAAAAAUCAUGUGUCUGAAAAUUGUCCUCAUAAAUUGCAAGGCAGGAAAUGUUUCCGAUGUAAUGAGUUCGGUCAUAUCGCUUCAGAUGAAAAUUGUCCUACAAAAAAGAUGGCGGUUUCGAAAACGAAUUACAAAAAAUCGUCGCAUAUAAGUUCGGGUGACAAUCGGCAAACUUCGGAGCAAAUCGGACGACGUGAAUCUACUCAGGUUGGCACUACUGAACGACGAGCACCGGCCAAUCAAAUCUCUAAGCAAGCAUUCUUCAACCUAUUGCAAGACGGCGAAAACAAUCCGAGCGAUGUUCAAGGCGAAGUCUACGUAGCUACGACCGACGUGAAGCGAUGCGCAUGCACUAGUUCGAAUUGUUCGUGUUACGAGAUUGCCAACAUGACAACGCGAGACGGCGCUGUGAUUGGCUGUAAUGACAAGAUGGCAGAUAAGUGCAAUAACAGUGACGUUUGCAAUGUAAACAAACAAAAUAGUGAAUCAAGGUGCCGGGUAAAACCUAUUAAAACAGUGUAUUUGUGUAGUGAAACGGCGAACGCUUUAAUAGAUUCGGGUUGCGACGUAAAUUUAAUGUCUGUAGAUCUGUAUAGGAAAAUUAAAACCAUACAAUGUGAUACGAAUUCAAAUAUAACCUUAGUUGGUUUGGGUUAUUCAAAAGUUAAUACGUACGGCUGUGUAACUUUAGAUAUUAUCAUAGAUAAUUGUAAUUAUGAAAGUGUAAGGUUCUAUAUAAUGCCUAACGAUUCUGUACCAUUUCAUAUAGUUCUUGGCAAUGACUUUUUACAAAAUAUUACAUUGGUUAUGAAAGAUGGUAAUGUUUGGUUGUUUCCGAAAAAUGACCGAAUGAAUCCUAGUUGUGAAUGGUUGCAAAAUAUGUCGUGUUUUCUUACUUUCCCCGAUUGUGUGAAUCAUGCCUUAGAUCCAAAAAUCAAAGAAGAAGUUUCCAAGUUAGUCCAGAGUUAUGUACCCCAGCAAAUUAAAGAAGUCCCGAUUGAAUUGAAGAUAGUAUUGAAAGAUGACCUGCCAGUAUCUCAGCGAGCAAGACGCUUAUCUUUUAAGGAACAGGAGUAUGUGGAUUGUCAGGUACAGGAUUGGCUCGAGGAUGGAAUAAUAAGGAGGAUGAGUACCAAGCCUUAGAACGCUUGAAGGAGGUCCUGAAGGUAGCGUCGGAAUAUGGAUUAUGCAUCAAUUGGAAGAAGUCUCAGUUAUUAACAAGAAGAGUAGAAUAUCUUGGUCAUGUUAUUGAGAAUGGUAUUGUGAUGCCAUCCCCAGGGAAGACGGAUGCUGUUACAAAAUUUCCUGAGCCAUGCAGUUUAAAGCAGCUACAUAGUUUCCUAGGUUUGUGCUCAUACUUUAGAAAGUUUAUACCUAAAUAUGCACUUAUAGCCAAGCCUCUCACGGAUUUAUUAAAAAAGAAUAGCCAGUUUAAAUUUACUGAUGAGCAUAGAGCUGUUUUUCAUGAGUUAAAAAUGAAGUUAGCUUCCAGACCUGUGUUGAAAAUUUAUAAUCAAUAUGAUGAAACAGAAUUGCAUACAGAUGCAUCAAGUGUGGCCUAUUCAGCAAUUUUAAUGCAAAAGGGUGAAGAUGGAGCGAUGCACCCAGUUCAUUACAUGAGCCGGAGGACAACAGAUGCACAAGCUAAAUAUACAAGCUAUGAGCUUGAGGCACUAGCAAUAGUUGAAGGGGUAAAAAAUUUAGGCACUAUGUGUAUGGGAAACAUUUCAAAAUAGUUACCGACUGUAAAGCAUUCCAAAUGACUCUUAAUAAAAAAGACUUGGCUUUAUCUACUAGAGUUGCUCGGUGGAUUUUACUUUUGCAAGAUUAUGAUUUUACUGUAGAACACCGUCAAGGUACUGAAAUGAGACAUGCUGAUGCGCUUAGUCGAAACCCAUAUGUAGGAACAAUAACUUCUAACUUGCAUAAGGAUAUGCAGCAUGCACAGGAUGGUGAUGAAGGUCUUAAUGCAAUAAAGAAAAUUCUAGAAGAUGGAGGGUCGUACAAGGAUUAUUACUUAAAUCAGGGAUUACUUUAUAAAGGGCCAGAACACCAAUUGGUUGUGCCAAGUGCUAUGGAGACUGAGAUUAUUAAAAGAGCUCAUAACAAUGGUCAUUUUGCCAAGAAGAAAACAUUAGAUUUGAUAAGCAAAGAUUAUUAUAUUGAUAAAGUAGGAAGAAAAGUUGAAGAUUUUGUUGCAUCAUGCAUACCCUGUUUAUUAUCAAAUAGAAAGGAAG